AUGGAUGACUGGUUUUUAGCUAAUGAUGAGUUGGAAGGUGAAGAAAGUGAUGACAUAGCCUCAGUAGGAAGAAAAUUUGAAGGAAUUCACCUCAAGAAUCUGAAUGUAGAUGAUGGACAAACCCUAAAGAAAAAGAGAGUUCCAGUGGAUGUGAUAGUACAAGGUGAUGAGAGAAAUAUUCCCAAGUGGAUAACGAUAACAACUCCAAGUUCAUCAAAAAGUCGUCGUUCAACUUUGCCAGGGCAAGAACUGCUUGACAAUCAAGCUGUUGUUUGCAGAAAGAAGCUAGAGUUGUCAGAUGCAUGUUCUUCAUCCAAAUAUCCACAAUUACAACAUUCUGCUGUUCCCAUUUCAUCAAAUACAGUAGCCUCACCUAGGCAUCGACCUUGUCCAGAACUGAGCACAACUUCAUGUGAUAGUAUCCUUGAAGAAUACCAGUCUGCAGAUGAGGAAUGCUCCUUGAGCAGUACAACUCUUUCAGGCUUGUAUCCAGCAAUGGUAGAGAUAUUUACAAAGCUCGUGACAAAGCGUUCUCAGAGAAGAGUGUUGAAGUACGUGUUUAGACAAUUAUGGUCCAAGAGACAGCGUUCUAGAAGACCAAAGCUCAGUGUCACUGUAGACAAAAUGAGAGGCUUCACACCCUGUAAAUGUAAACUAAAGAAAGCAUUUCACAGCAUGUGUAGCUGUAGAAGUAAAGACAACCAAAAUCCAGAUUUUGGAAAUGAGAGCAGAAAAUUCUGUCCUGACAGUUGCCCCAUUAGUAAUUCAUCUGGUCUGGUGCCUUGUGCUGAUACAAAUGAAAUCAAAAUGCACUACUCUGACUCAAGUUUAGAACAACACUGGGCAUCUGGAAAAAGCCAAGAAGUCUGCAAGCACACUGCUUUUCCUGAUGUUAUGGAUAGAAUGGGAGAGACAUUUCUACUUGAAGAUAAAUUACAGACUACUGCCUCACCAAAGAAUUCAGAAUACACAGAAGGUGAAAAUAUUACUUAUAAACAUUUCUCAGAACCCAGUUUUAUAACAUCUCCUGCCAGUUCAGAUUCAAGAGUGUUUCACCUUGUAAAAGAGAGUAAGACUCAGAAAACUGACUUUUGUGUAUGUACCUCAGAGUUGUGUUCAUCUGCUUGCAGUUCCCAUGACAAUAGAAGCAAUUCUGUACCUACCACAAAUUGUUCUCCUGCAAGAUCAUCAAAUAAUAUGUUCAUAUAUCCUCAAAAAAGAACUUCUUUCCAGUGCAAAGAGUCAUUUUCCUCCUGGAAGCAGAGUUCUUCAAAGACGGACAAAGAAAUAGAUGCUGCAUUUGACGAACUCUACUACAGAGUGAUUUCUGGAGAAUACCUAAAGCCUUUGACAAGACCUCUUUUAAACUCACAGAACUUAGAAGAGAAAGGAACAUUAGUGAAGCGUAGUCUAAGUGAUUCUGAGAGGUCCCCUAAACAGUGUCAUAGAGAAUUUGAGAAACUGUGUGCAGAGUCUGUUCCAAAAUCUCCUGGGCUUAAGAGAGCUUCAAAUUUCAGGAAAUAUGAAGAAAUACAGAUGCCUGAAACUGUAAAUGCUCUUGUUAAUUCUCCUGACCGAACUUAUUCUGCAAUUUUCAGUGUUAAAAGAGCAGGAAAUUUUCAAAACCAUCUUCCUUGUUCACCAGUAAAGAGACUGAAAUUUAUACCGGAACAUUGUGUUUCUUCAAGCAAAUGUCAGGAGAUUUUCCACAGUAAAGAGGGUAAUCUUCAGAGAGGUGGUAUGGAUUUUUUGAGCAUGUACAACUGCAGCAACCCCAGCUUUUUUGCUGAUCACAACCAUCAUUGUCAGGGCUCUGGAUCUCAUGAUUCUUCAGAUCAAAGUUUUCUUGAUAUUCCUGGUACUUCCCUGCAAGAAUCUGAGUGUGCAGGUGCACACUCUGGUUGGCCUGGGGCAAUGGAGAAUUGCAGCCCUCUCAGAAAUGUGAGCAAGUGCCACCCAAGAAUGAAAAUGAGUGUGGGAGAGCUCGAGGUAAUCACACCUGCAGAUCUAAACACUGGGAGGCAAGUGUCUGCAGUCAAAACUAGCCAGACUCCAGCAAGGAGAGCUGAUGAGCACAAGACAGUAAGAUGACCUGACUGAAACCUACUGUAAUCUUUAUCUGGUGUUCAUUAUAGAGGUAUUUAUUAUUUUAGAUAUGCUGUGGAAUUGUUUUGAUUGUGGCUUUGUUUUUAAGCUGACAAGUCCUCUCAGAGAGGAGUGCAGCAUAUUGCUAUUUAAAAGGACUUGGAAAAGUUGGCCUCUAUGCAGCUGAGCAUCAUUAGCUGCAUUUUGGCUCUGUGUGAACAAGCAGUGGCUGUGUUUGGAACAUAUCAGAGAUCCUUUCCUCCUGCUAUUAUCACUACUGGCAAUGUAUUUAGAUCUCUGGAAGCAGGACACUUUACAGUAGUCCCUGAAUACUGGCCUAAAAUGUCUGGUUUUCAUAGAAAAUAGGUAACUUUUAAAGGACUAUCAAGCUUCAGAUCUCUUUGAUUUUUAAUUACAAACAUUUAAUAUUCUAAGGAUUUUAAAUCAUUAAAAGCUCUGUAAAAAAAUCCUGAUUUUAUUUACCAAAAUAUUUUUUUACAUUUUAUGCUUUUUGCUGUAAGUGUAAUUUGUCACCAGACAUUAUGCUGGCUUCCCAAGCUCAGUCAAGAAAUAUUUUCACUAUGCUUGAGAUCAUCAUAUGGCUGAUAUCAACAUUACCUGACAGUGUUUGAAUUGGAAGUUCAAAGGAAAGCUGAAAGCAUUUUUUAAACUACUUGUAUGGAGAAUUUAACCAGAAAAUGAGUUUAUUGAUGUAAAGAAAAAAGUUUCAGUUUAAGCAAAGAAGGAAUUGAAAUUUAGAGGCUUACAAGCACACACAAUAUUGUUAAAGAUUAUAUUUUUAUUAUUUCUUAUAUAAUGAAAGAUUGGAGACAAGCUGAUGAGUAUGCAAGGAUGUUUCUGUGAUGUUGAGUAUGCCCACUUAACUGAGCAAAAUUCUUCUCAGUUCUUGGAUUCCCUUUUGUUUUUCCUCAUUAUGUUAUUCUGUCUCCCCAUACAAACAGCCAUUCCUGUUAGAUUAGCUACUGUUUUAAAGGAAAUGGAUUUUCUUUAUUUAAUGCCUAUAAGUAGAGAAAUCAAGAUUUCAGAGUUUUCUUCCAAGUCAUCUGGAAUAAAAUCUAUUUCUUUCUUAUAAUUACACAAAGACAUGUUUGCUUAUUUGUAGCCAAAAUGGACUGUCAGCUGGAAAGCUUCCUGAGGCCUGUAGUGUGAUAUUUUUAGCUUUCUAUGGUUCCCAGCAGUAAAGCUUUUUAAUGGCUUCAGAUCCCUCAGAUGUUUAAUGCCUAAGCCAUGUGGAAAAAUGCUCUAUUUUCUAAUGAAUGGUUGUGAAAAGAAAAGGAAAUAAGAUCUUUCUAUCUGGAACCAGAUUGCCUUUAUCUAGAAGAUAAUUAUGAAAGAGAUUUCUGAAAAGGAAAUGUUUAUAAAUAAUAACAUAAAUUUUCAUAACUAAUGUUCAUAACAACUCUGUGUGAACGCUGUCCUACAGCUUUACUGCUAUACUUAAUUGUCAGAUGUAAACCAAAUCAGUUUAUAAAAGGAGAGAAAAUUUAUGCAGUUUCUUAAGUAAUAUGCAAGGUGUUCUCACUUGUGUCUUUAUCUUUUAACUAGUUGUGUAUACAUUCCAAGAUUGCAUCUCAAAGUUUAAUAGAUAUACAUAACUUAGAUUGAUCUAGUAGCACUACUGAGGCAUUAAAAUGACAUAGCAUGAAAAGCUUCCUCUCCAUGUGGUAGCACAUAGGAAAGCAGACAAGGAGCCCUGCUGCUGUUCACAGUCAAGAUGUUCUGAUACUUUGCUGUGACAAUUUCUUUCAAUUUCAUCCUGUUCACUGGAGUUUCAGCAAAUACAGUAUUUUUGUGUAAUUUACUCCAUCAUCUAAACAAAGGUUUUGGUUUUUUUUCUUAGGGUAUACAGAAAACUAAGCUACACUGAUGGGAAAGACCAAUUCUAGGAAUCCCUUGGAUGACUCUCUGGUUAAAGCUCACCAAAGAAGCAUUAAUGCACUGUUACAGUUAAAAAAGUUUUAUAUAGGUUGGGUUUUAUUCA